UUUCAUUUGGUCUUACAUCGACGUGCCUUUAAAGUUAUUUUAAAGUAAGCAUGAAGAAUAUUGAAGGUUCCAACCACAUGAGACCAAGGAAGGCAAAUAGUGGGCAUGAUGCUUCUGCAACGAGUGAUGAGAACAAUAAAAGAAAUGAAAAGGUCCAGACCAGAGAGACUUGGUCUCGAAAGAUCGAGUUCACAUUGGCUGGAAUCGGUUAUUCAGUGGGAUUGGGCAAUGUCUGGAGGUUUCCCUUCCUGUGCUAUAGGAGUGGAGGAGGAGCAUUUCUGAUUCCCUUCUUUUUCUUACUUGUGGUGCUCGGGAUCCCACUUCUCUACAUGGAGGUGGCACUUGGACAGUAUUUAAAAGUUGGGCCAGUUAAAGCUUUAGCCAAGAUCUGUCCACUUCUCAAAGGUGUCGGUAUGGCAACAGUGGCCAUUUCCUUUAUUAUGUGCACGUAUUACAUCCUCAUCAUAAGUUGGGCCCUAUAUUAUCUCGUCAGCUCCUUUCAGAGCCCUCUGCCUUGGCACAGCUGCAACAAUACCUGGAAUCAUCCAGAAACCUGCACAGAUAGUCACACCAUCAACAACACCACGGACUCAGCUAGCCAGCAAUUCUUUGAUUACCAAGUUCUUCAGAAGACAAGUGGUCUGGAUAACCUUGGAAAUAUACGUUGGGAACUUUUUGGUCUCCUUGUCCUUGCCUGGGUGAUUGUUUAUUUCUGCAUAUUUAAAGGGAUUAAAUGGACAGGAAAGCCACAACAGGUACAGGUCCUCCCCAGGUUAUGGACACCCUGUACAUACGGGCAAGAGUUUGGGAGACCAGCAGGAUCGAUCUGCGGGACUGCAGGCUUCUUCUGCCAGGUUGUGUACUUCACUGCACUCUUCCCUUAUGUGGUACUGUUGGCCAUGCUGAUUAACAAUACACAACUUCCAGGGGCCCUGGAUGGAAUCAAUUACUUUGUUAACCCAAGGUGGGAGAAACUUAAGGAGGUCCAGGUCUGGGUUUAUGCUGCAGUUCAAGUCUUCAAUUCCCUGGGUAUUGGUUUUGGCUCAUUAAUCGCCAUGGCGAGUUACAACAAGUCCAACAACAAAAUCCUUAAAGAUACAUUAGCCAUCUCAUUGACAAAUACAGGCACAAGUAUACUUUCUGGAUUUGUCAUCUUCUCUGCUUUUGGAUACAUGUCCCAACUGAUUAAUGUUCCUAUCCAUGAAAUUGCUGUGGAUGGCCCAGGAUUAGUGUUUGUGAUUUACCCUGAAGCCUUUGUUACAACGCCCGUUUCUCCAUUGUGGGCGGUGCUAUUUUUUAUUAUGCUGCUGUUUCUGGGACUUGACAGUCAGUUUGCCAUGGUUGAGGUGAUGGUGACAAGUCUAAUGGACUCUCAGAGCAAACACCUGUUAAAAUACCUGAGGAGGAAAGAGUUUGUGGUUCUGGCUGUCUGUAUGGUGGCCUUCCUCUUAGGAAUUCCAAACGUGACCCAGGGUGGGAUUUACGUUUUCCAGCUCAUGGACCACUACACCGCCCAAGUAUCCAUUGUUUUCCUGACUUUUUUUGAGGUGCUUGCAGUUUUUUGGUUUUACGGUGUCUCUCGGCUGUCACAGAACAUCACAGAGAUGCUGGGGAAACCACCGAACAUUUACUUCCGUGUGUGUUGGCUUGUGCUGUCUCCUGUACUGAUACUCAUUCUUGCUGUAUUUGUUGUCCUUAACUUUGAGCCUGUACGUUACGGCACUUACAACUACCCGAAAUGGGCUCAGGGCCUCGGCUGGGUCAUCGCCCUCGCUUCGCUCGUUUGGAUUCCAGUCGGGGCAUUCCACACACUGCUCACGUCGAAAGGCUCGUUCUGCAAGAGGUUAACUAAAUCGAUCACUCCGGUGGUUCCCACCUGCGAGUCCGAACAGACAGAAGCUGCUGUACCCGACCCUUCACUUGCUGUUCCAACCAGGGGAAUGUCGCCGCCGCUGCAAGUCGAAGUAUUAAAGAGCACGUUUGUUUAACUCUGGGGUCACUUUGGAAACACGAAACGUCUGCUCAUCCAGUUAGGGCGGGGGGUUGCCUCCAAGGACAACUGCAGGAGUCUGGAGUCAGGUCCGACCGGGACCGCUUUGUAGUGAGUGGUUUAGUGGGGUGUCCGGAUGUUUUGGCUGUUUUACGGCAAAGUUCACAUGUUCAAUAAAAUGUUGUCAUUUA